AUGUGGUUUGCAAAUUCUCCUAAUUCAAAGGACUUCGAGCGUCAUAGUGGCGGCGAUGGUUCUGAGAAGAUGGAAACCAAAGCCAGCGUACAGAAAAGCUUAGAAUCCGUGCAACCAAACAAUCCUUCCACAAGUGAAGUUGAUCAACAUGUGAAAUGGAUAGAACCGAUUGAACGGAAACUUGGUAAAUUGACGGAAAAUCCAAGCAGCAACUUAAGCAUUUAUAAGGUUCCAAGCAAGCUUAGAAAACUCAAGGAAAAUGUAUAUAGGCCAUGUAUUGUCUCAAUCGGACCUUUUCACCAUGGCGAGAGUGACCUGCUAGCUAUGGAAGAACGCAAAUGGGGGUACAUGUUAAGCCUACUUUGUCGUACAUCCGACCCAAAAAAGAACUUGGAGGCUGAGGCUGAGGCAUCAUUGGUGGAAAUACUGCUAGUUGAUGGUUGCUUCAUUCUUGAACUUCUUCUGAAGUGCUCAGAUAAGAAAUUCAAGGACAAAGACGAUCCCAUUACAAACAAUGUUUGGAUGGUCCCUGCCAUUCAACGUGAUUUGGCCCUGCUCGAGAACCAAAUUCCAUUUAUUGUUAUUCUCACGUUGUUUGCCACUUUAAAGUCGAAGAGUAAACCUAAUGAUCCACUAGCAUCAGCAUGUUCUUGUUCGCUACCAGAGAUUGCUAUGCUCUUCUUUCAGCUGGUACACAAUUCACAGAUGCCAUGGAUAUCCAAGGAACUCUAUGAAGACGACAAGCAUUUACUUGACAUGUUGCAUAAAGUUUACCUACCUAAUAUUCCUGUCAUUUGUGUGUCUUCCACAAAAUACCCUGAAGACAAUGACGUGUGGGGAUUUAGACAUUAUGCGACAAAACUUUCAGAAGCUGGAAUUGUGUUUGAAAAGGGUACACAAGGUGGUUUGCUCGAUAUAUCAUUCCAUGAAGGCGUAUUGGUGAUUCCGCCUUUUAGCAUUGAUGAAACACUGGAUUUACGCUUGAGGAACCUAAUUGCUUUUGAGCAGUGCAGCUUUCGCACAAGACACCACAUUUCUUCAUAUGUCUUGCUCAUGAGUAGACUCAUCCAAUCGUCCAAUGACAUCAUAUUUCUUCGGGGCAAAGGGAUCAUAACAAAGAUUCCGGGGACUGCUGAAGACGCUUCAACUUUUUUCAGCAGCAUGUGCAAUGGAGUUGUUUUUAGAGACUUCUAUUUCACAGAGUUGUGUGAGAAUGUGAAUGUAUAUGCCAACUCCAGGUGGGAUUGUCAAAUAAUUAAAGCUCUGCUGCUGGUUAAGUGCAGCCGUUACCUGUUCGAACUAUUCCGUGAUUAUUUCUCGAAUCCGUGGAGAGCUGCCUCAGUGUUUGCUGCCGUUGUGCUUCUGGUCCUCACUUUCUUACAGACUAUAUACACAAUGCGUUCUUAG